CCGUAUUGAAUCGGUGGUGACGCGCUCGUGUGGGGGAGAAAUCGAUAUCGGGGAGUGCACGAGGAGGGGAUCCUGAGGAAGGGGGGGCGCCACUUGGCCUUUGUGCGCUGCUCGUGACAGUGUUGUUGUGCCCUCAGGGAUUUUGUUGCGGGUACCACCUGCAAGACAGCCCACGGAACUAUCCGACGUGAGUGCGACGUGCUCCACUUGAGAGCUACAGCACCUUAUUACGAAUAACUAGUGUUGUGUUUGCCUUGGCCCAAUAAGAGCCCUCCCGCGACUUGCUAUUUUUAGCUCGCGUAUCAGUUUCUCGUCGCUUUGACGUCGCGUUUCUCGGAGACAGUGGUUGUUGUGGCUGGUCUUUUGGAGCUGUGGCUGCAUUGGGAUGCAUUCGUUGUUCGCUCGGUUUUUUUGUGUCUUCUUUAUUUGGGUUGGAGAGAUCGCAGUGUGGGAGUUGUUCGUUCCAGGCGGAUGCAGAAGCUUGUCUAUGAGAGGUGGUUGAUAAGAGGAGGUCGACGUUGGAGCAAGGCAAGGACUGAGAGUGACGCUGUUCUCUCGGUUCUACGUUGUUGUUGACAUUUCGCUCCCCGUUGCUUUAGCGGCGCGAAGCUUCGUCUACAUUGCAUCUUUGACAUAGUUUUGAACGGCUCACAAAAAAGAAAAAAGAAAAGGAUUCAGAGAGCUGAGCUUGUGGAGUGAGCAUCAAUGGGUAGCCUGGGAUUGGCUCUGCCUGUUGGUCCCACUUCGCCUGUUUUCCGACGCCGAAGCCCAAGACCAUACCGGAUGAAUAAUUUUGGAGGUGUUGAUUGGGCAAGUAUGCAGCCUCGGUUGUUCUUUGUUAGCAAGGUGCUUCUGGUAGUGUUGCUGACUGCCAUUUGCAUGCGUGCCUUACGCCAGUCUCCUUCUUUCACUGGUCUGAGCAAGUUUGCGACGCAUGAGAGAGGAGUGACUCAUGUGCUGGUGACAGGAGGGGCCGGAUUCAUUGGUUCGCAUGCCGCAUUGCGCCUGCUGGAAGAUGGACACCGUGUGACUAUUGUUGAUAAUCUGUCCCGUGGUAACAUGGGAGCGGUGGAGCAAUUGCAAGCCUUGUUUCCAGAACCGGGCAGGUUGCAGUUCAUUUACUGCGAUCUCGGUGACAGCAAACGCGUCAACGAGAUUUUUAAGGAGAAUGCCAUAGAUGCUGUGAUGCAUUUUGCGGCCAUUGCAUAUGUGAGCGAAAGCAUGGUCGAUCCUUUGCGGUAUUACCACAACAUCACAUUCAACACGUUGACAGUCUUGGAGGCCAUGAAGACAUAUGGUGUGAAGAAGCUCAUCUACUCAAGCACUUGUGCAACAUAUGGUGAGCCUGAAAUGAUGCCCAUCACCGAAACCACCCCUCAGGUGCCGAUCAACCCCUACGGGAAGGCGAAGAAAAUGUCGGAAGAUCUCAUCCAGGACUUCGCAAAAAAUUCUGACUUUUCUGUGAUGAUCCUGAGAUAUUUCAAUGUCAUUGGUUCAGAUCCAAAGGGCAGGCUUGGCGAAGCUCCACGACCCGAGCUCCGAAAGCAUGCUCGCAUUUCGGGAGCAUGUUUUGACGCUGCGAUGGGGAUUAUCCCUGGAAUACAGGUAAGGGGAAGUGACUACAAUACGACAGACGGCACCUGCAUUCGUGAUUAUAUUCAUGUUACUGACCUGGUGGAUGCCCACGUCAAGGCUCUAGAGAAAGCGAAGAGGGCUGAGGUUUCUGUCUACAACGUCGGCACUGGCAAAGGGAGUUCUGUGAAAGAAUUCGUGGAGGCUUGCAAAUUUGCAACAGGUGUGAACGUUACUGUUACGAUCCUCGAUCGACGACCAGGCGACUAUGCCGAAGUUUACAGCGACCCAUCCAAGAUUCGACGCGAACUGAACUGGGUUGCUCAACAUCUUGACUUGGAAAGUAGUCUAUCCGAUGCAUGGAGAUGGCGCAAACAGCAUCCGAAUGGCUACUCCGUGGCAAUGAUUUAAAGCAUUUGUCUUAUUUAUUUAUUUUUUUCCAUCACUACAGGAAUGUGGAGGGUGACGUCUCAGGUUUAGGUCGGGAUUCAACUUUACAUGGGCGCCCGUGCAUACAGAAGGCUCACAGUCUGCAGCAAGAUUGCGGUAGUAGACUAAAAGCCCUUAGCGUAGAUAGAUAACAUAAAUUUCAUUCUUUCAACUUACUCUUCUGCUGAAUAAAGUCUCGGUAUUCAAGACU